GGGCGCAGGCGAUUGCGAGACGGACGGUGACCGGCCGGUGGACUGCUCUGGAUAAUCACGCUUCACAUCCAAGAGGCUGUAUCUUAGUGUUUAACCCAUACUUCCAACAAUAUGUUUAUUGGUAUAACAUCUAGUGGAGACAACGUCAAUUCACACUACGAUUAUUUGAUUUGAACAACAAAUACAAGAUAUCAUUCGUUUAGAAUAAUUUCUUUUUACUUUUAACUACUUGAAAUGGCCCUGGACUUCAUAGCUGGAUGCAUUGGAGGUUGUGCUGGCAUUAUCGCUGGUCAUCCGUUAGACACAUUAAAGGUCCACGUUCAAUCGGGUAGAGGUAGCGCAUUGGAAUGUGCUAAAGUUCUAUUUAAAGGAGGAACACUUUCCAGUGCUUACCGUGGAGUGGGUGCACCUCUAGGAGGUGUAGCAGGAAUAAACGCUAUAGUUUUUGGGACAUAUGGCAAUACCAAACGAAUGUUACCGAAUCCAGACUCUCUGGUGUCAUACGCAAUAGCUGGUGGAACAGCAGGAACGUUACAAAGUUUCGCAUGCGCCCCAGUUGAACUUGUCAAAACGCGACAACAGCUUGCUACCCCAGGUCAAGGAAUGCCAACAGGAGCAUGGGCCGGAGCGCGCCAUAUAUUACGAACAGGAGGAUACAGAGCACUUUUCCGAGGCUUGACAAUAACAAUAAGUCGUGAUAGCCUAUCAUUUGCGAUUUACUUCACAUCAUACGAAGCUAUGACUCGUGGACACCAAUCCGCAAUGAAAGUUUUCACAGCUGGUGGAAUGGCUGGAGUAUUAUCAUGGGUAAUUUUAUACCCUGUAGACGUUGUCAAAUCUAGAAUUCAAGGUGAUGUAGUAGGACGAUAUACAGGAGCAUGGGAUUGUUUUGUAAAGUCGGUGCGAGCAGAUGGUUGGCGUUGCAUGGGACGUGGUCUUGGCGCUGUAACAAUACGUGCAUUUAUCAGCAACGGAGCUUGUUUCACAGCUGUUGCGUGGACGGAACGCGCAUGGCAAAGAAUUUUAUCUGGUGACUCUUCGACAAAAUCCAUAGUUCAGGCAGCUACGCGAAAUGAAGCUGUAAGGUGUGACAGCACAGAGUAUCAAUACGAUAUAUAAACCAUUUAUACAACUAAUUUUUAAAAUGUGAUUGUUUUAAAAAAAAAUAAUGAAAAGUAUAUGAUACCACUAUUUUGAUUCCGUUUCUAAAAGUCAGUGUAUAUAUUACAGUGAGUGAACAUUGGAGUAAAAGUAAGUCGAUUACUUGCGUUAUCUUUUUAAAUGGUACAGAGAUAUUAUUUUCCAGUGAUUAUAGAAUAAUAUAUUUAAUAAUUAAUCUAUGUUGAAAAAAAUAUUAAUAUCUAAAUUAAAUUAAUGUUAUAACA